AACCGGGUUAAAUCCUUACUCUUGAUUUUCAAGCAACCAUCACUUAUUAUUGCCUUUGCUGUUACAUCAGCGUGCAGAUUAGUCAUGCCAAGAUCAGAGGGUGAAAAGACCACUGCCUUUCCAAACAAGGAAGCACGGUACAUGUGCUGGGAUUCGAGAGACAAAUUUUGGGAAUGUCUUGAUGCAGGGGGUACAGCAGAAAGUUGUAAAAGCCUACGAGAAAAAUAUGAAGAGAGCUGCCCUUACACCUGGGUUAAACAUUUCGACAGGAAGAGAAAUUACUUGAUUUUUAAGGAACAGAUGAAGCAAGGCUACGAACCUCUUAGUGAAGCAAAGACUUAGAUCAUACUAUUUGCUCCUUGAAUGUUUAUGGUGAAAUGUUUGUGUAAAUAUGAUCCCCAAUGUAUUUAGAUUAUCACUUACAAACUAUCUUGUACUUUUUAAUCAUUGUAUUAAACCACUGCAUAUAGAAUGAAAA